CGAGAAAGAGAGACUAUCAUCAUUCCCUACAGCAGAGGAGCGUUGAGAAGGUGAUGAAAUAUAGAUGUGGGAUAGAGAAGGACCAUUAGUUCCCCGCUGGGACCAGAUCUGUCUCUGUGUGUGUGCGUGAGUUUGUGCGUGUGUGUUUGUGCGUGCGUGCGUGCAUACAUAAACGCGCACACACAAACGUGACUGACAGUGGUCAGUGUUUAUGAUGAUGAUUUUUUUGUCGCUAUGCAUGCUUAAGCAUAAUGACAUCGUUCCCUCUUCUCUCACUCUCUCUCUCCACGGUCGGGCAAGCUGAGAAGCGCAGCUGCUGUGUGUGUGAGUGAGGGAGGACGGGUGAGGGAUCGGGAGACAGAAAAGGAGGAAGGAUUUUUAUCACCGACACUCUCUACCCCUGUGGUCGACAACAGUGCUCUGCCGGCGGUUGGAGGAGCCAGAUAGACCCGUUGGGCGACUGGUAACCUUGGAGGCACGCCAAACCACCCAUGAGGAGGGAAGCGGGUGGAAGGAUGCCUCUUUCCCUGAUCUGACAGAAUACAUUUGUUCGGUGAAUGAGCGGAGUGCACCGAAUUGACGCAAUACAGUAGGUGAGUAACCAUGGAAUCCACUCAUCUCCUGGACGGCUCUAAGAAGCGGGUGAAGAUCCACCCUCACACCGUCACCGCCAAGUACGCCCCACACACACCCCACACACACACACACUUCCCCCAGCCCGGAGACGAGGGGUACGAUGACGCUCCCUCCUUCGAGGACUUCGGCUCCUUCCUGGAGGAGACCUCGGACAAGAAACAGCUGACAGGAACCAGGAAGUGGACAGGAAAGGCCGGCGCUCUGUUUGGAGGGAAGGACAAUAACAAAGACACACCCCCUAGACCUCCCAUGGGGGGAGCCGAAGGGGGGGUGGAGGGAGGAGGGAAGGGUGCAGGGGGGGGAGUAGGGGAGCAGCUAGCGAGUUUCGGCGAGGCGUCUGUCUCUGCGUCUCGGCUCACGUGGGCCAGUGUGGUCAUGGCGGGGCUGGCUCACGGCUGUGUGUGUGUUCUGACACGCCUGGCCGCCUCACACUUUAAUCUCCCACCCUUAACUCUCCUCUUGGUACGAUCCAUCCUCCAGCUGCUCUAUGGGACUGUACCAAUGAAACGGGCGGAGACGGCCUUUGGCUCAAAGGGCUAUCGGCGGAAGCUGCUCCUGUACGGUCUGACUCACUCCUUCUCCCUCUGCUGCGCUUACUCGUCCUUAUCCUUCGUCUCCCUCGGCGACGACGAGGCCAUGUUGACAACCUGGCGCCUGGCGACCACCGCCCUGUCGGCCACUCUGGCGUUGUUGCUCCUGGACGAGCGGCUGGGAUUGGUGGACCUGGUCACCGUAGCGACAGGCGUGUUAGGACUGGGUUUGGCGCUAGUUCCUAACCCAACAGGGCUGGAUGAGAACAACAACGGGACCGGGUCAGGAAUGCCCAAUGGGGCGACACCGGCACAACAGUCGGCCCAGUUCUGGCGGGAAGCGUUUGGUUGGUCCCUGACUGUUCUUGCAGGACUAUGGAUGUCUCUGGCUCUAGUCAUGUACCGCUCUCUGAAGGAACGGGUCAGUGUCGGCACCGCUCUGUUCACUGUCAGCUGGACCGGCUGUCUGAGCACCGCAGUCUCCAUGCUUCUCCUCCGACAGGGGCCAGUGUGGCCGGCCAGUCUCCAGGCUUGGUGCAUCGUCCUGGGGGUAGCUGUGUGCUCUGCUGGGGGGUUCGUGGGGGUGACCCAUGGCCUCACCCGACUUCACCCAGCUUUGGUGUCGGCUACACAGGGUCUGGAAGUACCGGUCGCUAUGGUGCUGGAGAUCGCUGUUGUGCCAUUGGUUCCCUCAGUGUGUGAGGUCAUAGGGGGUGUGGUGGUGGUGGCGAGCGUGGGUUGGCUUGUUACAGUGAAGCUCCUCCCCUCUCGAGGAAGUGGGAGGAAACAGAGAGAAGAGUACGAAGAGAUCCUGGACUCACCAAUUAAAUAGCACACACGCACACGCAAGGAGACAUGCACGCACAAAGAUUCUGGACUUGCCAAUCAAAUAGACCACUCCCCUUCUAUCUAUGUUUCUGUCUUUCUCUCUUUUCCCAGGGGAUUUGUGUUCUCUCUCUCUCUCUCUCUCUCUCUCUCUCUCUGAGGUCAGUGUGUAUAUAAGAGGACUCUAUGGUGAAUGUUAAUGCUUGAGCUAAAAUAGCUGUCUUUAACCACAGAUCUAGAAUCAGAUACACCAACUCCAAUCCUUAACUUAACCAUUAGGAGGUGUCAAAAUAUCUGACCCUGUAUCAGUGGUUAGGGAAAACAUCUACCUACCCCAAUGUGAAUAGUAAAUGUAUCUAUUUUGUAUUGUAGUUGUUGUAAUUGUUGUGAAGUGCCAAUACUGUGUUGUCUUACUGGCUAUUGUGAUAGUGUGAUGUCAUAUUAAAACCUCACUGUGUUACUGUGAUUUGCUCUCCUACUGACUGUGUGU